AUGUCCUGGGCACAAAAAGAGAUUCGUCUGCCAGCAAAGCAACGCGGCUGCCACUUGGUCACACGCGAGAUUGAAAAGCAAUUGCCAGAGCUUAAGCAAUUCUCCGUCGGAAUGGCCAACAUCUUUUUACAACACACAUCGGCAUCGUUGACGCUGAACGAGAACGCUGACCCUGAUGUCCGUGUUGAUAUGGAGAUGGCAUUGAACAAGAUUGCACCCGAGAACAUGCCAUUUAUCCACACGGACGAGGGUCCCGACGACAUGCCUGGCCAUCUCAAGAGCUCCCUCAUGGGCGUCUCACUCAACAUCCCCAUCACCAAGGGCUGUCUCAACCUGGGAAUGUGGCAAGGGAUCUGGCUGUGCGAGCACCGCAACCAUGCCUCUGGUCGCAGGAUUGUUGUUACUAUGCAGGGCGAGAAGAACCAGAAGUAG